AUGGCAAAACGCACGGCGGCAGAUCUUCAGUCUACAUCAUCACAAGGUCAGGCGUUCCAGAAGACAACAGCAGCAGGCGCAAAACGCGAUGGCAUCGACGUCAAUGAUAUGGGCGAGUUUGAGGAUGCUUGGGAGGACGAGAUCGAGAGCGACGAGGAGGUGGUCGAUGCAGAGGCAGAGGACAGGGAGGAUGGAAUGGAUGUGGACGAGGUGAUGCCGGCCAUUGAGGAAUCGGACGAGCCACCAUCAGCACCACAGGUCUACAUUCCUGGCCAGCACACGCUAGGGGAAGAUGAAGUUCUCGAGGCAGACGACUCGGUGUAUAUCAUGCGCCACGCGAUGAAUGUGACCUGGCCAUGUCUAUCGUUUGACAUACUUCGCGACAGUCUGGGGGAUGAGCGGCAGCGCUAUCCCGCUACUGCCUACGUUGUAGCCGGCUCCCAGGCGGAAACGGCAAGCAAAAACGAACUAACUGUCUACAAAAUGUCUUCGCUUCAUAAGACGCAAAGAGACGGGGAUGAUGCGGACUCAGAAGACGAAGAUGACGACGACAACCUUGACGAGGAUGCAAUUCUGGAAUUCAGAUCGGUACCCCACCAGGGCGGCGUGAAUCGCGUCCGAGCUCAACCACUGCCUCCCAAUCAUCCUUUGCCUCCUGUCUCCCAGCCGUAUCUUACGGCAUCUUGGGCCGAUACGGGCAAGGUGCACAUCUGGGAUGUACGACCUUUGAUCGAAUCGCUCGAUUCACCAGGCUAUGCUCUAGAUAAAUCACGAACGAGCAAACCGCUGUAUACCAUCAACUCGCAUGGCAGAGCGGAGGGCUUUGCGAUGGACUGGGCAUCGUCAGAAGGCAGCGCUUCGUCGCUGCGCCUGCUUACCGGAGACGUCCACUCCAAGAUUUUCCUAACAACUGUCACUCCGUCGGGCUUCAACCCUCUUUCCCAGCCAUUCCUCUCGCAUACAUCUAGCAUAGAGGAUAUCCAAUGGAGCCCUUCUGAACCUACCGUUUUCGCUUCGUGUUCUGCCGACCGCACCGUGCAAGUAUGGGAUGUACGGAGUAGAGGGCGGCAGAGUGUCGCUGGCAUAGAUCCUGCCCACGAAGCGGACGUGAACGUGAUCAGCUGGAACAAAAGAACAGAUUACCUCCUGCUUAGUGGAGGCGAUGAGGGAGGUAUCAGGGUUUGGGACCUGCGGAACGUCAAGAAGAAAGGCACGUCGGCUUCUGCACCGACUCCAGUCGCGUCGUUCUCUUGGCACCAACAGCCUAUCACAUCAAUAGAAUGGCACCCGACAGAGGAUUCGAUAUUCGUCGCCUCCAGUGCAGACAACCAGGUGACGCUUUGGGACCUGGGUGUAGAACAAGACGAGGAGACGGAGAUGGACGCAAGCGACGGCACGCGCGAAGUCCCGCCUCAGCUUCUUUUCAGCCACCAAGGGCAAAAAGACGUCAAAGAGGCGCACUGGCAUCCUCAGAUUCCUGGAACCGUCGUCAGCACAGCACUGGAUGGAUUCAACGUCUUCAAGACUAUUUCCGUCUAG